CCCUUCUUUUUGCAAACAAGCCAAUCGUCAAUCGUCGUCUGCUGACACGUCUUCCUUGGCAUCGUUCGCUUUUGAUUUUUGUUAUCCUUUUGAUCGCACCUUCAAGCCGUGUUGACAUUCCAUCUCGAUCUGCCUGAUCUCGAUCUUUGCCCACCUUUGAGUGCCAGUCCAGCAACGUCUCAAAGCCUCCUCCUUCUUCCCAACCAGCCAACAAAGCACGCUGUUUCACGACAACACCGUUACGCAACGUCGUCUUGCCGUUGUUGAGCCUUCUGUUCUCGUAGCCGCCACAGCUUCCAAGCACUCUCGCACUCUCGCACUCACAGACACUCUAUCACACAAACCAUGUCGAACGAAGGCUCCAAGCCCGUCCCUGGCUUCCUCGCCAAGCUGUUCAAAAUGGUCGACGACACAAAAAACAGCUUUUGCAUUGGCUGGACGAACGCUGGUCUGAACUUCCUCGUGUCCAACCCUGAGCUGUUUGCACGCCAAGUCCUGCCCGUCUACUUUAAGCACAACAACUUUGCCAGCUUUGUGCGCCAGCUCAACAUGUACGGUUUCCGCAAAAUCUCCAACACCAAGCGAGGCGUGGUGGUCGCCGGCACGUCGCACGCAUGGGAGUUUUCGCAUCCCCACUUUGCCCAGGGUCGUGCGAACGAGCUGUCGCUCAUUGUGCGCAAGCCCAAGCCCAGCGACCUGCGCAAGGCUGCUGCCGCUGCCGCUGCUGCGGCGACCGCGUACGGCCACGGCGGCAGCAGUGUGGACGACGACGCCAUGUCGACCGUCUCCUCUGGCCACGCCUCCUCGUCCGUGUCAGCCUCAGACCACGCCGCCCUGGUCCAGUCGUUUGAAGAGCUGCAGCUCAGAAACACGGAGCUCGAGAUUGCAUGUGAGGAGCUCGAGCAGCAAAAGGGCCGGCUCCAGCGUCAGUUCCAAUCGCAAAAUGCCGUCAUCCAACAGCUCCUCGUCGUCAUGCACCAGUCCUGCGAUCCUGCGCUCAUUCCCACCGAGCGCGAGCUCCGCGAGAUUGCCGGCGCCGCUUCGCUUGCCACUCCCCUGUGCGGCUCGCCAACGCUGCCGUUGCAGCAGCUCGAGUUUGCUUCGACCGCAGACCACCAGCAGCAGCUUCUCGACGAGCAGCAGCGCCAGCUUGCUCAGAUUGCCGAGGAUGUCAAGAUGAACAAUGGUGGCGAGUUUGCUGCCAUCUUUGAGGCGCCCGUCACUCCCACAACCGCCUUCCUCAACCAGCUCGACAUGUUUGAGCAGAAGGCCCACGCCAAGCUGCGCGAGUCUCGCAAGCGGCCGCUGUCGCACGACGUUUCUGGUGACAGCACACCCGUCAUCAGCGAUCCUGACGACGACGAAGAGUACGAGGAACUCGGCUCUCGUCCCGUCACUCGGGCCAGCAGGAGUGCUCGUCGCCGGCCACGACUCUCUUCUGUUGUCAUCCAGGAGAUUACUGAGGCUGCCCCCAACAUGGAUGCUGUGGAAGCAAUGUCGCUUGAUGCUCUCUCUGCGUCCGCGUCCGCGCCGACCGUCAGCAGCUCGAUUGUUGCCCCUUCGUCUUUUGCCCCCAGCUCGUUCAGCCGGUCGAAUAGCGCAGCUGAUCUCGCCACCAAUGACAAGUUUGUUAAGGAUGUUGCCGUGUCUGUUGCCCACCUGUGGGCCACGUCUCUGCAGCAGCAGCAGCAGCAGCAGCAGCAACAACAACAGCAACAUCAACAACAGCAACAGCAGCGACAACCGGCCUCCUUGGCGCCGCUGUCCGUUGGUGCCGCCCGACAACAUCAGCAGCUGCAAUUGAGCGCGGCAUUUGCCAAGCCCACUUCGCCACCACUUUCGCCGCUCUUUGGCGUGCGUAGCUUGAGCACUUCCGCGACCUCUGCAUCAAACCUCCUUGACCUGCUUGAAUCCGAACCGCUGUUGACAGACCUUCCCGACACUACCAACUUGGAUUGGCUUGAGCACGAGUUCCGACAAAGUUCAACGUGCAAGAACCUGGGCGACCGCCAAUGCGCGCCUGUGCGUCAGCUCGUGCCCACCGUCGUGUAA